AAAAAAAAGCACCAUACAAAACUUUUACAACAUCAAUUCCAAUCAAAACCUAAUCUGUAUUUGGUAUAGGUAGGUGGUUUUGGCAUUUAUUGUUAUCAUAUUCUUUGUCAUCUUCAUUUCCAGAUUCAUUUCCUUAUUUAUUUAUUUAUUCCUUUAGAUCUUAGUACUAUCCUUUUUUGCAUUCAGUUCAAAGUCUAUUCCUUCUCAAGUAUCGUCUGCUACUUGGUUGUUAUACCCCAUAAUUAAUUUAUCAUUUCAUUCAUCGUCUAAUCACCUUUUUUAAGAUUGUCUUUUGUUUAAACCAUGAACACAACAACUGAAGAGUUGGAAGCAAUAGCUGCUGGUACAGCUAUUAUUACUACUACUACUGAUAUACCUCAAGUAUCUACUAAUACACCAUCUAGUCAACAGCAGCCAAAAAAAUCAUCAGCAACUUUUUCAUUCGCAUCCCCAGAAAGGGAUAGUAAUAAUAACAAUAUAAAUAGUGAUGAAGAAGAAAGUAAUACAAGACAAGAUGAUGGCAAUACUAGUAGUAAUGAUAAUGAUAAUGAUAAUAAUCUUACUUUAGACGAUAAAAAUGAUGAUUCUAAAUCUGAAUUCUCAUCCGAUUUAACGUUUAAAAAGAAAGAUGUAAGGAAAUCAAGAACUCAAUCAUUUCAAUCUGUUUUAUCAACGGCAUCAUUAAAAUCUUUGAAACAACAAGCAUUAAAUUAUAGUUCAAAUAAUAAUAAUAGUACUAAUAAUAAUAGUACCAACAAUAACCCAUUCCCAAAUGGUAGAAAUAAUAGUAUCAUUAGUAAUAAUGCUAAUCCAUCCGUUAAUGCCAAUUCUAGAAAUUUCCAAUCAUUUAUUCAAGCUCCUGUCUUAUCAAGCAUAACCAAUCUUAAGAACUUAGAAAAUGAAGUUCCUAUAGGUCAACAACUUCCUUUUAAUGAUAUCCUAAAUACUUCUCUACAACAAUCAGAAAGUGAACCAAAUGAACAACAACAACAACAACAACAAUCACAAGAAGAAGAUACCUCAGAUGAACCAAUGCAACAAAUUCCUCAACAAACCCAUUUAGAAGUAGAAGAUCGUGAUACUUUAUUACAACAACAGAAUUUGACUUUAAAUGCUUUGAAAAAGUUAAGUUUAUCACCAAUAUCAAUUAAUCCUGAUGAACCAAUGGUAAGGAAAACUACAAUCAGUAAAGAUGAUUCUCAUAUCAGUCAUACAUCAUCCAAAUUAAAACAUCAACAAGAACCAUAUCAACCUGCGGAGGUUGAUUUAUCUACAUUUGCAAGUCUUACUAGACAACCUAAAGUAAUUGUGGGUUCUCCAGCAGAAGUAACUCCUGAAAAAGUGGAAGUAAGUAAUAGUGUUGAAAGUGAUCAUAUAGAAACUGUACAAGAUAUUCAAAAGCAACCAUCUUUAUCAACUUUACCAAGUGUCCCUGAAGGAGAAACUGUUAAUGAAUUAAGUACAAGUGAACAACAACAACAAUAUCAUCGUGAUUUACCUCAAUUGCAUUUAAAGAAUAUUCCAGGUCAUAUAGCAUCUACAUCAGAUUUAGAAUCAUCCCAAUCACCCGUACGACCACAAAUAUCUUCUCAAAUGAAGCUGCAACCUCCUCUUCAAUAUAGUCAUGGUCAACCUCAUUCACAACCACAACUUCAUCAAAGAGUACCACCUGUUGCUGUAACUGCUCCACAAUCAUUACAAAGUAGAAGAAUACCCCAACAACAACAAUCAUUACCACAACAAUCUCAAACAACCAUGAUGAAUCAUGCCGUAUCGGCCACAUCUCAACCAACUAAUUUACUUUAUCCUAAACCAACGCGUAAAUUACAACAAAUUAAAGGGUUUAGAAGUCCAAUGUAUGUUCCAGCUGUGUUAAGAAAAACCAUGAAUGGGGUAUCACCUACGAAUUCCAAUACAUCUGCUAAAUCAAAUUCACCAUCAGAUUUCAAUACUAAUGCUCAACCAUAUGAAGAAGUACUUAAUAAUCCAUCAAUUCAACGACCAUCAUCAAGAAGUUCAGUAAGAUCAAAUGAGUCUACUACUUCUAUGGAUUCAAAUUUUUCAAGUAUACCCAGUUCAAUCAUUAAUUUCUUAAAUGGGGGUACAGCAAAUAAACUUUAUUCAACUACUCCUACUAGAAAUCAUUGGUUAAAAGAUGAAGCAGCUACCAAAUGUGGUAUUCCAAGUUGUAAUAAAGAAUUCAAUUUCUUUGAAAGAAGACAUCAUUGUCGUAAAUGUGGAGGUAUUUAUUGUAAAGAACAUACCUCACAUUAUUUAUAUAUUAAUAAGAAUGCUAAUUUCACUACAGGAGGUAGAGGUACAUUAUCUAAAGUUUGUGAUUUAUGUAUUAAUGAUUAUAAUGAAUUCAUAAAGAAAGAAUUCGGGGUUCCAUUGAAUAAAAGGGAUGUAAGUCAUGCUAAUGAAAAUAAUGAAUAUGAUUUUGAUGAAUAUAGACCAAUCCAUAAAUCGGAAUUAGAGCAAUAUAGUGCCUAUAAGAGAGCUCAAUUACAAUUGGGUAGAUCACAAUAUAGUCCUCAACAAGAACAACAACCAGCACCUCCAUCACAAGUAUCAGAACAACAACCAGAUCAAUCAUCUGAUCCACAACAACGUCAACGACAAAAGUCUCGUACUGAGCAAUUGGCAACUAGUGUUCCUCCUAAUUGGAGUUGGAGUUCCUUUUAAAUAUUUUAGAUAUGUUUGUAUAUAAUAAAUACGUAACUAUAACUGUGAGUGAAGCAUAAUAAUAAUAAAUUUUUACAUAGUUAAUUUUCCUGCAUAAUGCCAUGUAUUUAUUAUUGCUCUGGACAG